AUGCGUAAAAAUUUUAAACCUUACACGAAACAGAAUAAAAUUGCCAACAGCUUUAGAAAAAAAACAAUUGAUCCAGGUGUAGAUUUAAACUUAAAAAAAGACGAUGACAAUUUAGAAAAUAUUGAUGAUUAUUGGAAUAUGGCAGAAUAUAUAAUUGACGAUAGCAAUAUAACACAGGUUGAUAAUAAUAUACCAAAGGAAGCACAAGAUCUUAUAAAAAAGGAUAAACAAAAAAAUAAAAAGUUUGUAGUUGAAAGUUUAGAAUCAAGUGUAAUUAACGAGGUAAUGGAUAUUUCUACUGAUGGUAGUAAAACAACAGGUGAGUACAAUCAACCUAAUAAAAACCCGGUUCCAUCUGAUAACGAUUCAGAAGAUACGCUUUUUGAUAUUAAUAACAUCAGAGAGAGCCUUUCUCACAACGCUGUAAACAAAAUGUCAAAUGUCUCAAACACUUCAGGGUUUGAAAACAAUCAUCAAGAAGAAGGUACAAAUGAAAUUUUAGAAACAAACACAAGCGGGGUUAUGCAAAAAAAUAAACAAGAUAAAAAAAUAAAAAAGAAUAAAAAGGAAAAAGUAAACAUUAAUAAGGAGAAUAAAUCAGACGAAGAAAAGAUAAAAAGUCUUGAAAAAAAACUUAAAUACGAAAAGAAAAAAAUUGAAGAUAAAAAAAAGGACGAGAAGAAAACACUAAAAGAAAAAAGUAUUGAUAAAUUGAAAAAGAAUAGAAAAAGUUCUGAUGUAGAAAUAGAAAAUUAUAAAGGAGAACUUUUAAUGGGCAAAAAUAAUAAAAUAUACGGCAUGACUAAAAUUUCAUCCUUUUUCCAAGGCAAAAGUAAAUUAGAGCCGCUUAUUACAAAAAAGUGUCUUGAAUCCGGAAUAUUGUUUUUAAAUCCUGGUGCUUCAAUUCUACAAGAAACGGCAGAUAAUCCAUUUACUAUAUUUUUAUUAAAAGGAACCAUAGAAAUUACAUUAAAUAAUGAAUUUUAUAAGCUUGAUAGAGAUAGUUGUAUGUUUAUUGAUGAAGGUAGUGCUUAUAAUAUUAUUGAUAAGAGUAGAAGUGGUAGUUCUAUAUUUGUUACAUUUAAAGCGAAAUAA